CCGCCGCUCUGAUGCCUGGCGAGGAGAGGAUCGGGGAAUGGAAGAUGGAAGACGACGUAUACGGCGUCGUUCCGUGCUCUUCCCUCGCCGUUGAGUCAAUCAUCCGCGUCGGAACGGCUGGUGCUAUCUGGGGCCUGUGCAGUGGUCCCUAUGACGCUCGUAAACAAGGUUUUACUGGCCUUGCCCGAGCUUCUUUUGUGGCUAACUCAGUCGGCAGAUUCGGGUUUCAAUGUGGACUUGUGGCUGGAAUUUUUAGCAUUACUCGAUGUGGGAUUCAGAGAUACAGGAGUCAGGAUGAUUGGGUCAAUGGUUUGAUUGCGGGUGCUGUAGCAGGUGCAGCCGUUGCUUCUGGGACAAGAAACUGGACGCAGGUAAUUGGGAUGGCUUGUUUGGUUUCAGCUUUCAGUGCUGCCGCUGACUACUCUAGAACAUCUUGAAAUGACAUUCCUUCGAAGCAUGGACAGAAGAGUAACAUAUUCGAGAAUUCGGGCUUUCCUAGCGUACGCCAACAACUGUAUUUGUUCUUUAACAGCAUAUCUUUCUCAUAUCUAAGGAAAAACGGGUGGUUAGAGUGGGCAUGGUUUUUUGUCUUCCUUGUAAUUGUGCAGAACCAUAUUGUACGCGGUUCAAGCAUUACAAGUCGAUGGAUGAUUUACUGAAAAGCAGUCGAUCUGUUACUAUUGCAGUGACAGUUGUAGAAUUGUUAUCUUCUAUAUCAUAAAAUUGCAUAGGUGUGAACAAACAGGUCAUAUCAGUUAUGAGAACCAGAUUAUUUUCCAUCAGAUGUUUA